GCCAAGAAGACAAAACGCCUCUGCAAAGUAUGGGGCGUUAUGAUGAGCAAAGUGGCUGGGAAAGAUAGCAAGAACAGCCCAAGGCUUCAUCUGCUCAGGUGGCAUGUGCGCAGGAGCCCUAAACCAUCGAGAAGGACAAGAAGACAAAAUGACAAGGAUGUUGGAAAUGUGGUGGUGUGCGAUUGCGAGGUGAAGUCGACCAUCACGGGUCAGGUCUCAAUUGAGAUUGCUGGGCAUGAUGGUGACAAUUGGGAUUUGGAGAUAAAUUCAAACAACCUCAUGCAGGAGGCCCCCAUCAAGAAGAACAGCAAGCAUUGGAUGGCCAACAAUGAAGAGGUUUGCGUCCUGCAGGUGCAACAGCUCCCGAAGCGGCACACGCAGAAGAGUGCAUAUGGCAUCUUGGGCAAUCCUUUUGAGGAUAAAGGCCGAACUCCCUUUGGUUUCUUACAUCCUGGACCAUUUCCGGGCGCUUUGAUGGGUCCAUUAAUGCUCCCUUUGGGCCCGAUGAUGGGGCCUGGAGGAAUGCCACCCCCACCACCAGGUGGCAUGGGGAUAAGGCCAGCAAACAAGGAGGCUUUCAAGAAGGCAGCAGAACAGGCUUCAGAGAUUGGAGAGGUUGUGCAAGGCAUGGAAGAAGCAGUGGAAGAAGCCAAGGCGAAGCAUGAAGGAAGAGCUGGACUUAUGAAAGAGCUGCUGCACAGCCUUUCAAACAUGCCAGGUACAGGGAAGGUUAUGAAGGAAGAUGUUACGCAGAUCAUGUCCAAUGGUGAGAGAUGUGUCACUGAGCUGGUGAGAGCAGCAAACGGCACUGUCCUGAAGGAGACCACUUGGCUGGUAGAUGAAGAUGGGACAAAGCAGAAAGAAGCGACGCCUGGUCACUGCAAGAAACGACGAAGACUACAGGCCGUCCGUGCUGAUGCUGAAGCUAGAGCACAAUUACAGAGUCGACGUCUUCAGGGAGAUGAAGACCUUUGGGUACUUGGAGACGUCUUCCUCAGAAGGCACCUCGUGGCCUUUGACUUUGAGAAUUCCAGGUUGGGCUUCGCAGUUGAAGAGGCAUCACCAGAAGAUCUGGCAAACCGUGAAGCAGAGAUGGCCCAGGAGGAUGCAGAGGGAGGCUCAAUCGAGCCUUUGGAAGGAGAAAAUGGAGUCGAACAGUUCAAUGAGGAUGGUGCUGGCCAAGUUCCACCCAAUGAGGUGUGGCAAGGAGGUGCGAUGGGCCAAGGUGCUGCAGAUCACCCACCAGAGGUGGUCUACGAUGAGGAAUUUGGCUCGGAGUCUAGUGUUGGGAUGAAGACAGUGCUGGUUGCCACAGCCCUUGUCAUGGGUGUUGGUGCUUUUUGCGGUCUAUUUGGCAGCACCAGGGGCGGCCUGGAGGAGACCAGGCAACCAGCCUUCAACUACCCAGAAGAAGAGGAAGGUACAGCCUGCAUGUCAGAUCCUGAUGCUGAAGCAAGGCGGCAAACUAAUGAAGCAGCUGAAUGAGGAUUUUGCGACAAAUCCUGAAGCUGCAGGUGUGAAGAGCCAGGCUCAGCGCACGGCACGUGCGAGGCCAUAUUUGGAGCGUACCGUGGCACUCAGUCAAAUAUUUCGCCAAAGUUGCGGAGCUAGCUGAGCUGAGAUAGGUUGCACAAGGUUGCAGCACACAGUGAGCCGUCUUGGAAGAAUAACC